AUGGCAUGGCCUGCAACGGACAAGGCCAUUGCGGAACUUCUCCUCAAAAUGCCAGGAUAUCUGGGAAUCAUCGCGAUUUUUGCCGUUUGCGGGUUCUUACUGUUUGGAUUGUUCAUCAGUAUGCUCUUAAAGGACAAACGGUUCACUCCCGCAGGGUCAUCACAUUUAAACCCAGCUACGGAAGCUACCGAGGAGAUUUUAAAGGCCUCAGAUCACACGAAUGAUGGGAAACGCCAUCUGCUCCUCGCCGCUACAGGCUCCGUAGCCACCAUAAAGAUCCCCAACAUAGUUCAAGCUCUUGCUAGAUAUAGCAAUCUUUCAAUCCGCAUCAUCCUCACUGAGUCUGCGACCAACUUCCUCGCAGGCCAGGCUGAAGAACAGCCCUCGUUAGCAACCAUUCGGAAAAUGCCAAAUGUCGAUGGAAUCUAUCGUGACGCGGACGAAUGGCGCAGACCUUGGACACGCGGCGCCAGUAUCCUGCACAUUGAGCUACGACGCUGGGCUGAUUUGAUGAUUCCGUCGCAAGAGCUUGGGAUACGACGGGUCUGA